UGUGUGAAGCCGCAGUCGCCGUCAUCCUCUUCAUCAUCACCGUGUGUCUUUUAUGUGGAUGAUUAUCGUUUAUUUACGGUAAAAACCGAACAACGAGCGGACAACGAGUGCGAGCUCCGCCGUACAGAGUGUUGGACAGUGUUGGACAGUGAUGGACGAGAGCCGUCAGUGAAACGGUCCAACGAUGGAGGGAAGCGACGACGGGUCUGGAGCGUCAGCCCGUCAGCACUCGGACGGCGGUAAAGUGGAGGCCGGGGCGGAGUCCUGCGACAAAGGAAACUUCUCCGGUGCGGCCGAACCUCCUGGUCCAACACCUGCGACUCCCACCACUGAGUCUCCAGCAGGGGGCGUGUCGCUGAAAGUGGCCACGACCGUCCUGCACCCGGUAUGUCUGGGCGAGAGCCCGCUGGUUCUGCCCUUCCACCUGCAGAUGGCCGGAGCUGCUACGCCUCAGCUCGGCCAGAUGGGGGCACCGCCGUACUUGAUCACAAGCCAAAAUCCCGUGUCUCUUCCUCUGGUCUUGGACCAGCAGGUCGUCCUUCCUCCUGGCGCCAACUGUCCGCCGCUGCCGCUCCAGAGCGGCGUCCUGUGCCAGAAUCCGCUGGCGUUUGGUUUACCUCCUGCCGUGGACCAGAAGUCUGUGGGACAAACACAGGACGCUAACCUGCUCUCCCUCCUCCAGAAUCCAGCUUUUGCCGCCAUCUUGCAGGACCUCUUUCCUUCCCAGGCCACGGCCACUACCUGUCAGUCAUCAGGCUCCACCUUCUUCCCUCUCCCUCCACUCACACCUCCCUACACCUCCCCUCUGGCCCCAUUAGUCCCGCCAGCCACGCUACUCGUCCCCUACCCGGUCAUCAUUCCCCUGCCGGUGCCUCUGCCGGUCCCCCUCCCCGUCCCCGUCCCUCAGACCGAGGACUCAAAGGGAAACGUUCCAAAAUCAGUUUGCACUGUGAGUAAAAGCACUCAGACUUCGCCUAAAGACGCUACCUCUCCUUCGCUAUCUUCAAGCAGAUGUGUGCCGCUGUUCCAGCCACGGGAAGUGUCCCCGUCCUCACUUCCUGUCGACGACGGACAGGUUUUAGACCUCUCUGUGAGGUCGCGUCCGGUUGAACCGAAGCAGGAGUUUCCCAGCCUGCAGCAGGACAGCGUGCUGGACCUGUCGGUGCCCGGCAUCCGGAGGAAGUGUGCGCAGUCCUGCGGCUCCGCCCCCUCACCGCGGCGAGAAUUCACAUUCCAGUCCAGUCAGGACGCGAGCGCCGCUUCCUUGUCCGUCGAUUGCUCUCAGAGUUUAGAUUCCAAACUUCUCAGCAGUCUGGCGUCGCUGGAGUUCAGCCGGCAGCACAAGUGGGUGGUGGACAGUGGCGGGGGCGGAGCCUCGGGUUCUCUGGGCCAGGAGGCCUCGCUCGGCGCCGCCGGGAACCUGGAGAUCGUCAGUACCUCGCAGACGGCCAAGGUCAUCGUCUCCGUGAAGGACGCCAUCCCCGCCAUCCUGUGCGGGAAGAUCAAAGGUCUGUCGGGCGUCUCCACCAAGAACUUCUCCAUUAAACGUGACGGCAGCCAGGGGGCGUCGCUGCAGCAGCUGUACGGCGUGACCGCGGCGGCGGGCGAUGCGCCGCACGAGCCCGCUGAUAAAAAGAUCCCAAAAAACAGAGCCAUCAAAGUGAAGAAGGUGAGCUCGCAGGAGAUCCACUUCCUGCCCAUCAAGAAGCAGAGACUGGCGGCGCUGCUGCCCAGGAAGUGACAUCACACAGUGACAUCACACGCCACACAGAGGGGCAUUAAAGGGACAGUUGAGCUUUCUGAAGUGUGGUCGUAUGAGACGCUCACACAUUAUCUGCGUUCAGGCGGAAAGACCACUUUGAUCUUUUUAAAUAUUGACGUUGUUACAAAUAAGGAAAAAACCUCAUGAACUUUGUUCGUACAUUUAUGACGGCUCCUGUGUAUGAUGUUAAAAUCACUGAUUUUCUCUUGGUGUGGGAGAGUGAGUGGUUUACAAACUUCCCUUUCCUGUUUUGAGAUAAAGACGUGAACGUGCCGUUAUGACGUCGCAGAUUUAAACUGACUCUGUGUCACGACCUCACACAACCA